AUGCUCCCUGGAGCUGAGCGCAAAUUUGCCGCCGUUCCUGCCAGGCAGCCGCCGGUGGGAGGUGGUGACACUGACUCCGGCCCGGGGCUGCCACGUUUCACGCGCAGCGUUAAGAAAAGGGAGCAGGAGACCCUGCAGAAAUGGGUUCAGUGUAGCACGUGCAAGAAGUGGCGCAAGGUGCCCUACAUCCUGAAGGACACAGACAUAUCUGAGAAUUGGACCUGCUCAGACAAUGCUUGGGACCCGAAUUUUGCAUCUUGCAGCAUACCCCAAGCCCUCUCAAACGAAGAGAUAGACGACGUGCUCGCUGGGCAGGACGAGAAAGAAGACAUGGAUGACGAACGCGAAAAGGAGGGAUGCUUAGAUGGGUAUGAAGCGGGCCCUGAAGUUGAUGAAAUAGAUGACCACGAUGCGGCCCCAGAUGAGACCAGGCCUGGCUUUAGCCCACGCCCUGUAAGGACCACCAGCCGCACUCGAUCGCGGGAUCUUAUUGUCAAUCCCCCUGCUGAAAACAAGUCUGCCACACCAAAGGAAGCAACCGAGGGCAGGUCCGGUGGCAAGGGACGUGGCACGCCCAUGGCGGGGGCACCCUCCAAGGCACCGAAGAGCAUGAGGAAGCCAUCUAAGGCCAAGAUGACGAAGCCGCCUGGUGAUGUCGCCGACGUGGCUGAGGUGCUGGUUGGGAUGGGAACAGAACAGAUGGAGGGCCGUGAUGGUGCUGGCAAGGGGCCUGCUGCCUACGAGGAGCAUGCUCACCAGCACACACACCACAGGUUCCAUCCAGCCCGACUUGUGUGGGCCAAAGUGGAGGGACAUGACUGGUGGCCGGCAUGUGUUGUAAGGAGGAGGGCUGUCCCAAUCGAGGUUGGACCUCCACCUGGCGGUGCUCAGCAGGCAUUUUCCUACAUCCCUGUUGUGUUCUUUACACCUUCAGGAAUACCGGGGGAAGUGAACCUUGGGAUGGACACAGCGGAGUUUCCCAUCUCUGCUUGCAAGCGGGCAUGUGGGGAGACAGAGGACGAUGAGGAGGCGGAGUAUGCCUGGCUGUCCCCUGCAAGUCUGAAGCCCUUUCGUUCUGGAGACCUGAGCGGCCGGGGCGAUGGCAUUGAGAGCCAGGACCCCGUGCUGCGAUCCUCCAUUGCUGCUGCUCAGAGGUCACUGAAGGACUCAGAGGAGGCGGGCAUGCAGUGGGGAUCGGAUAAUGAGGACUCAGAUGGGGGUUGGGGCUACUCUGCCACCCUCCUACAUGGCUCAGCAGGCAAACAGCACUCAAGCCGCACCAAAAAGAAUCCAAAAACUCGUGCCAAGAAGGCUGCCAAGGGCAAGAGACCAGGCGGCAGUGCAGACGAGGAGGGUGGAUCUGACACCGAGAGCCAUGCUGCGGAUGGGGUGCCAGAGCUGCUGCCCUAUGGCUCAUGGGAGCUGCAGCCAAGGAUCGUUGUGGAACACAUUUAUGGCUGGAGGUACCCACUGCCCCCAGAAGAGAGAGCCCGACGAAGGGAGGUGGAACGUUGGCAGAACAAGACGUGUCUCGCCGACAUCGAAACAAUGGCCAAUGCACUGAGGAGGGGUGAACCACCCAGCAGAGAAAUUCUUGAGCAGUGCAGACAUCUGAGAACUGAUGUGGUGGGCAUGGAAGAGGAUGAGCCAGUGCAGGUGCGGCCUGAGCCCAGUCCCGAUGGCCUGCAGGGGGCAGACCUGUGUGGGGAGGUGCUUCGACAGGAGGAGAGGGAGGCGGUGUCCACCCUGCUUCAUUUCAGUGAGGACCCCAUGUUGCAAUUAGACCCCGGGGUGGCCCUGAGAGGUGGCUAUGACGAGCCAGAGUACUUCGUGAAGUAUGCCAAGCGCUCCCACCUCCACAACGAAUGGGUAUCAGAAUCAACCCUUGCCCAGAUCGCCAAGCGUAAGCUCAUCAACUUCAAGCGCCACUAUGGCACGGCACCCGUGAACAUGUUCAAAUCAGAAUGGGCACAGCCAGAGCGAUUUCUGGCGCGCAGGCAGUGCCGCACAGGACCUGGCUGGGAGGUGCUGGUCAAGUGGAAGGACCUUGGAUAUGAGCACUGCACUUGGGAGCUGGAAGGGUCGCGCAUUCUAUGCAACCCAGAGGCUGUGGCUCUGUACUGGGAGCUGUGGGAGCGCCAGCGCGCAUCCGUAAGGCGCGCCCACCGCCAUGCAGCCCAGGAGGCGGCUGAGGCCCGUCGCAAAGCUGAGAGGCGUCUCGAUCAGCUGCAAAGCCAGCCUCAGUGGGUCCACCAUUGCCAGCUGCAUCCCCAUCAGCUGGACGCGUUGAACUGGCUGCGGAGACGUUGGGUGGAUCAAAAGGGGGGCCUGCUCAUCGGGGAGCCUGGGAUAGGCAAGACCGCCUGCCUGGUGACUUUCUUCAUGGCACUAAGGCACGAGUUCAACAGCGUGGCUCCCAUCCUGGUGGUGGCGCCAAGUGGGUCCAUGGACCAGUGGAAUGGGGAGGUUGCCUUCUGGAGUGGCAGCUCUGUGCUGGUGACAUUGUUCCAAGGCUCGCCAGCUGCUCGAGGGAUGCUUAUGGAAAAUGAGAUAUGGCAAGGGACCGACAGCAUGGAUGGCAAAAUGCCACUGUAUCUCAAGAAGAAGAUCCCCAAAGCUGACAUCGUCCUCACAACGCCCGAGGUGUUGGUGUCAGACUUCCAGGAGCUUUCAGAGGUGCCGUGGGAACUUGUUGCAUUCGACUACCGCGAUGGCAUCAAGGGCGCUCUGCCUAAGAGUGCCAAUGUGCUCAGUCAACUCUCCAGAAUCCCGCGGUUGGCCCUUGGAUCGCAUGUACCAGACACAGUCACUGAGAUGGCUGGACUGCUGAGCAUCGUGCACCCCGAAGCCCAGGGCCAUCCAGAGCACAACGACGACGACAGCGACCACGAAGGCAGCGUUGCACUGGAACUGAGGAGGCAGCUUGAGGCACUGGCUUUCCCCAUGGGCAUCCCUCCACAACGGGCCCAAGCGCUACGCUGCAGGGAGAUAGCAGUGCCUGCAGAGUUCACUCCGGAGCACAUCGAACAGUAUUGCAGCGCUCUUGCCAAGUUCUACGAAACCCUGACAGAUAGAACCAUCCCGAGGCAUUCCAGUCAGCGAGUUGUGCCACUCCGCCAUGUUGUGCAUGAACUCAGCCGAGUUUGCAGCCACCCCUAUCUGCUGGAAGAUGCCGUGCUGGAUGGCAAGAGCUGGAGCCUGGACGCCUGCCAGAAUGCAUCUGGCAAAUUGGCUCUUCUGGGGUUGCUGCUCAGGAGCUUCAGAUCAAGGAAGAAGAAGGUGUUGCUCAUGACGCAGGAAACAAGGAGCCUGGAGCUGCUGAAGAAGUAUACGGCAAAGUGCUUUGGGGAAGACGCGCUGCAGACCAUCUUGCCCCACGACUCAGCAGGAGCUCAGUUUGAGUCGAUCAAGGGUUUCAAUACCCCAGACUCGGCCAACUUCUUGUUCCUCUUGACCCCAAGCGUUUGUGGCCUGGGCACCCACUUGCCCCAAGUGAGCGUGGUGAUAGUGUUUGACUCGCCGCCUGACCCCCGGCAGGACAUCGCUGCACUAAGGCGCGCCUACGGAAUAGGCUCCCAGCCAGAACUGCCCGUGCUGAGGCUGUACAUGGCAAAGUCUGCUGAGGAGAAGAUAUACCAGUUGGCCGAAAACAGAAAGAAGGGACUGAACUCGCUGUUGGGGUCCUCGCCCUCGAGGGGGACUGCAG